AUGACAUGUAGUUGUAGAAGGUUUCAGUUAGAUCAAAUACCAUGUCCGCAUGCGUGGGCAAUGUUGAGGUUAAAAAACUUAGAGGGUGAAGAUUACUGCUCUAUGUACUACAACAAUGAAUACAUGUUGAAAGCAUACGGCAUUCCAAUUUAUCCUCUUCCAGAUGAAAGUACAUGGACAAUACCUGCAGAGGUAUUAGAACAAAUUAUGUUGCCACCAACUGGAAAUAAGAUGUCUGGAAGAUCUAAGAAGGUGAGAUACAAGAAGGUUUCAGAAUCACAAGCUAAGAGGCCAAAGAGUUCAUGCAGACAAUGUGGACGUGAGGGCCACAAUAGGAGAACAUGUAGAAAUAUACCUAAUCACCACUGA